GAGCAUGUCUCUGUCUCCCGCACAGAAGGCCAUGGAAAGGUCAAGAAUUCUUAUGGUUAUUUUCACACCGAAAUUCCUUGUUGCCUACUCCAACAAAUUAUUUAUUGAGAGACCCCAGAAAGUGACGGAGUGUCACAAAACGAUGAAUAAACCGGUGGUUCCUGUAUUCUGGGGAGUGAAACAGAAGCAGGUGGUUAAUCAUUUGGCGACACGAUACAAGGUUUUGGAUUGGAUAGGAGCCGCCGUUGAUGCUACAUCGCAAUCCGGCUUCAAUCUGCCCACUGAUUCCAGAAAUGAUAGUGAGAUUAUGAACAUGCUUUUGGAGAAACUAGAUGAAUACUUGUUUCAUGAUCUCCCGCCACAUCCAGUGGGGUUGCACCGUCAGGUGAAAGAUGUACUUGACCUGUUGAAAGGUGAGACUUAUUCCAUGAUCGGAAUAUGGGGGGUUGCAGGUAUUGGCAAAACUACUUUUGCUAGAGCUAUCUAUGACAGAAUCGGUGGCAAGUUUGAGAGCAAAAGUUUCCUUGCAAAUAUCAAUUAUGAGUGGAAGAAAGAUAAUGGUCUACUUCACCUACGACAGCAACUUAUUUCAGAUGUUCUCGAAACAGAAAGUGACUUGAUUCAUGAUGUUAAGAUGGUAACUAGUCCAAUGAAGGAGGUACUCUCCAAUAAAAGUGUACUUGUGGUAUUUGAUGAUUUGAAUCAAAUAGACCAACUCAUAGCGUUAUGUUCAAGUAGUGAUAUGAGCUUUGGCAAACGGAGUUUGGUAUUUGUUACAUCCAUAAAUAAGGAUCUACUUCUUGAUCUUGGAUUCUAAUUGUAUGAA